AUGGCAUCGCUUGCUAAUCUUCACGAUGUGUUUCGGCCUGCAAACAGUAGCGAUCGUAGUCCUAGAGUUGCAGGUUCGCGCAGAUUUGUCUGGAGAGCAUCGGACGAGGCAUUCGCCAGGCGAGCAGGUGGAAAGCCCAGAGAAACCCAGAGAACUUCGACAUUCAUCUUGAUAGUAGCGAGCAGUGCAUCCAUGAAGAGGUACACACUGGUGUACCACAUCUUGUUCAUCAAGUUUAAUGUUGCUUCCUUGAAGAGGUACAAGGAGUUGUGGAUGAUCUUGAUCUGGUUAUACAAAAAAUUGAAGAAGCUGGAUUUUCACAUGACAGGAAUGUGGAAUACCUUGCGUCUAAGGAUGCUACAAUCAUGGGUAGUCCAAAUGGCCAUGCUCCCAUAUUCCCUUGGUAUACCUUGA